UUGGAUGCAGAGCUAAAUGGGUGUAAGCAUUAACGCGAUCGAACGUUCUUGUAGAUUUUAAAUACGUAUUAAGUGGUGGAACGGUGCUCAGUACAAUCGGUUUUUAAACGUGAUCCUGUACAAGUGUUGUGAAAUGUUGUCGGUGUUGUAAGUGUUGUGACAAUGUUGUUGUCGACCGGGGCCAGUGCGGCCAACACACAUUCUAUAUCGUCGAUGUUCAGGAGACGGAGGAAUCGGUCUCCGCCGCCGUCGCCUAAAGCAGUGCCGAGCCGUCCAGAGAAACCACUGUCCUCGCUGGCGACGGGCCCGCCGCCUCCUGCUGCGAUCGUACCGCGCACAGUCGACGGCCCUCGCCCGCCGGGCUGGAACGGACAGCCCAGGAGGCAUGGCUCCAGCAGGUUCAACGUGCAGCACCACAACCAGGAGCUCGUUAAGUUACCACCGAUUAAAGAUGCGCCGGCGGCGGAGCGCGAGCAGCUAUUCGUGCAGAAGUUACGACAAUGCUGCUUGCUGUUCGACUUCGCGGACGAGCCGCUGUCGGACCUCAAGUGGAAGGAGGUAAAGCGCGCUGCGCUGCUCGAGAUGGUCGAGUACGUCACCUCGCAGCGCGGCGUCAUCACGGAGCCGAUAUACCCGGAGGCUGUUAAUAUGUUCGCGAUUAACCUGUUCCGAACACUGCCGCCGUCGUCAAACCCGAACGGCGCGGAGUUCGACCCUGAAGAGGACGAGCCGACGCUGGAGGCGGCCUGGCCGCACCUGCAACUGGUCUACGAACUGUUCCUCAGGUUGCUCGAGUCGCCGGAUUUCCAGCCGAACAUCGCCAAGAAAUAUAUCGACCAGAAGUUUGUUUUGCAACUUCUGGAAUUGUUCGACUCGGAAGACCCUCGGGAACGAGACUUCCUAAAGACAACACUGCACAGGAUAUACGGGAAAUUCUUAGUUCUACGCGCUUAUAUAAGGAAACAGAUCAAUAAUGUAUUCUAUAGGUUUAUAUACGAAACAGAACACCACAACGGCAUCGCGGAGCUGCUCGAGAUCCUCGGCUCCAUCAUCAAUGGGUUCGCGUUGCCGUUGAAGGAGGAGCAUAAAUUAUUUUUACUCAGGGUGUUACUACCGCUGCAUAAGGCGAAGUCGUUGUCGGUGUACCACCCGCAGCUGGCGUACUGCGUGGUUCAGUUCUUGGAGAAGGACCCGUCGCUGACGCAGCCUGUUGUCAGGGCACUGCUGAAGUACUGGCCGAAGACCCACUCGCCGAAGGAGGUGAUGUUCCUGAACGAGAUGGAAGAGAUCCUGGACGUGAUCGAACCGGCGGAGUUCCAGCGCAUCAUGGACCCGCUGUUCAAACAGCUCGCGAAAUGCGUCUCCAGUCCGCACUUUCAGGUGGCGGAACGAGCGCUAUACUACUGGAACAACGAGUAUAUAAUGUCGUUGAUAUCGGACAACGCGACGCACAUAUUGCCGAUAAUGUUUCCCUCGUUGUAUCGCAACACGAAGAGCCAUUGGAACAAGACGAUCCACGGGCUGGUGUACAACGCGUUGAAACUGUUCAUGGAGAUGAAUCAGAAGCUGUUCGACGAGUGCUCGCAGCAGUACAAACAGGAGAAGCAGAAGGAGCGCGAGCGGCUGCAGCUGCGCGAGGAGGUGUGGCUGCAGAUCGAGGCGCGCGCCGCCGCCAACCCCGCCUGCCGCGCGCCGCACCCGCGCCCCGCGCACGACGCGCCGCACGACCCCGCGCGCCAGCGCCUCGAGCGCGAGCCCAGCGAGGCGCGCAAACAGAACCACAACACGAACAACAGCAAGCCGCUGCUGCGCAAGAAGUCGGACCUGCCGACGGACUCGUCGACGGUGAAGGCCCUCAUCGAGCACAAGCGCGCGGACGCGUUCCUCCCCACCACGCCUGACGCCGACCGCUGCUAGCGCCGACACCAGCCCUCCGCCGCGGCCCUCUCUACUGACCCCGCACCCUCGCGCCGAGAAACACAGUAAUUAUUUGCGAUAUCGGUAUGAUAUCGAUUGUGAAUGGUAUCGGCACAUAACUUGGUCACUUGACAAAAAGGAUAUAAUUGCGGCAGUUUACGCGCACGGAGUUGCUAAUAAAUUGAUUUGCUACAUAGAAUAGCGUUAUAUCAAUUAGACAAUUUAAAGAUGUAUCUUCAAUUGUAGUGAUCUUGCCUCAAUGACAUCUUGCACUCAUUAAUCGAUGUCCUGGUCUAUGGUACUCAGUCAGGUUAUUUCAUAAAUUCAGUGCUAAGUUAUGUGCCAAUAUAUCAAUAUCCUGCCUGUCAAUUUCAAACUAGUCAAAUUCAAUUAUCUGAUCCGAUUCGUUUUCGAUUUAUCGAUACGGCCUAUCGACAUUUCCAUUUCAGUAGGGAGGGCUGAGUGCAAACAGCGUCGUAACCAUCGUUGAUCGAUACUAAGCAAUAUAGAUACAUGUAAUGUAACCAUCCAAAGUGUCAAGAUAUCUCGAAUAGGAAGCGAUACCGCGGCGACGCCUUGUGGUCUAUAUUGAAUCGUAGUUAGUGCGUGUUAACGUAGUGUCAAUUUUGUUGAUGUUUUGUGUUACGGGCGUUUGCGCGCUGUUCACUUCGCAUGUCGAUAGUUUGAACAAUUCUUCACACUACAAUCGAUAAAAUCAGUUAAAAAAAUAUAUCGAUAUACGUAUUACGCGUGCCUCUGACAAAUAUACACAAAAGAAUGUCACGACUUAUUUAACAAUUUCGUGUCGCCAUUGUAUCGAGGUACGAAACACGAACAGCGUUGUAAUCGCAAACGCUCUAGAAGUCCAUCGUAUGUAGAUUAAUCAUUAUGAGCCACACUAUUAACCAAUCAGACAACGGCCGCUGUUACGUCCUCGUUUCUUAUUGGUUAACCGCGUGGCAUGACGUUUCCUACUCGACUGUUGAUUGGAUAUAAAUUAUACACAAACUAACGUAUAGGAGUGUUGUCUUUCCAUCAUGCUUUGAUAAUACAUGCAAAUAAAAUCCGGUCGCUAUUUCGAUUGGAUUAUAGUUACAUAAAAUAAAUAAAUAAAAUUUGUUGUAAAUUGUGGUAUGACUGAUAUGUGCUUCUUUUUGGAUCUGUGUUUUCGUCUUCGUUGUAAGGUUCAUAGUCAUUGCUCCGUAUGAUAGUAGAUAAAAGCUUUAUACUGUAUGUUCACAGUGCCACGCGCCAUGCGGUAUGAUGCACGGUGAAUGGAACUAUUUAAUAUUGUUAUACCUUCAAUAUACAUCACAAAGCGCCCCCUGGCGACUUGAUUUCGGAUGUGUUUACUUGAAAAGUUUUUUUAUAAAUAUAUUUAAAAAUAGAUUUUACACCAUUCCACUGCAAGUACCACCUCAAAAACAUAAUGUUUAUAAAAUCGUCUGUAGCAGAAACGUGCGUGUUUUUUUUUAAUUUAAUUUUAAAAUAUUUGUAUUUACUAUCGUGUUAAUACGAAAGGCCAUAAAGGAUUUUUAAAUAGGUUUUGUUAAUUUAUUCUUUUUUUUAAAAACCAAAUGAAUUUACGCGGGCACGGUUUGUUUGAUAUAUUUGUCGAUUUCAUUGUGUCGAACAAAAUGUAUCCGAAUUUUAUUUUUAAUAUUUGUUUUGUUAGUGAGCGUGGGCUGGUUCCAAGUUCUUCGUGAAACGUCUUGCAUAAUUAGACUGUCACUAGAUCUCUUUUGUCUAUUUCUAAAAACAUUUCUACCUAUUUAAUUAAAACUAUUGCAAUGUCUUUUAAAUUAAACUUUCAAGCUGUGUUAAUAAGGCAUUUUUCUAUUUAGACACUUCGAUCUAAGGCUAUUAGAUGUUGCUAUAACCUAAAACGCCACAUCAUGACAAAAAUCGUAUUACGUCUUAUACAUCCUUUAUUUGCGCUGAAAGGAGCCGUACUCCGAGCCCUAAAACGCUUUACAAGCUAAAAUCGAUUCUAAGCUAACGCUGCUCAAAGUUUAAAAUCGGUCAUAAAAAUUCACCAUCCGUCCAAUCUUACUAGGCCGUUGUCUACCGGAAUGUUCAUUAAUUAUAUAAAUGUAAAAAAAAAUACAUUAUACGAUACGGUCCACGCUCACCCAAAUUCUUAUAGCUGUAGUCUGCCUUUAUUGAUUAAUUUUUGGGGGCAAUCAAGGUAUCGCAUUUUGAUUUAAUAAUAUUAUUUAAUCAUUUAGUUGUGUGCGUUGAGUGCCAAAGGAUGUUCAUUUGAAAUCUUUCCGGAGUGCGGUGUAUAAAAUUGAUGGAUAACGGGAAUUACGAGUAAUUGGAAAAUUAUGUUUAAUGACAAAUCUUGAAGAAUCAAAAUAACUUAUCGGGAUUUUCAACAAACGAUCUCAAUCCCUUUUUUCGAUCUAUCUCAAAAAUUAAUCAAUUAGAGUAAUUUUAUUGAAAUGCUUACAUUGAGUUAUUUUGAUUGGUUCAUUCUCGGAAUCGGAUUGAAGAUUGAGAUUGGGAUCGUUCAUUAAAAAUGGCGAUUACUGGAGUGUCUCGCCUUUAUAAAAUUGGUAUCGUAAUGUUUAAAUUAAAUGGUAUAAUUAGCGUAUAAGUAUACGAUCUGUUUAUGACCCGUUGUAUGAAGCUGGUAGACACGCGUGAUUUGUAAUACAAUUGAUAUGACGCCAACAUUGACAACAUCUUAGACUGCUCAUAAAGUUUAAUCAUAUCAUGUAGUAAAAUCACAUGAUAUGAUUAAACUUUAUUUACUAUAUUUACUUUCACAUGAUAUGAUUAAAAAUUGAUAAUUUAGGACUUCACAGUUCUGUGCUUUCUAUUGAUCAUAUUUCAAACAUGAGAUCAAUUUCAAAGAGUCUAUAACAUUAGUCUCAACAGGUUUUCCUCAUAAAGAAUUCAUCAAAAAUACAAAGUAAUAAUUCGAUAUACAGCCCUAACAAAACCUUAAUAAGGUUUGAUAUAAUUAAUAUAAUUCUAAUGAUUGUUACUUAAAUGUACCAUGGAGUCACAAAACUUAUAGAAACACACCGAAUUGAUAAUUGGUUAAAUAUUUGUUUCUAUUUCUUGCAAAGAUGAUUACACUACGGCAGUGUAUAUUUUCAUUACAAAUGGCGCAUGUUACCCUAGCCUUAGAUCGUAAUCCCCCGUUCUCCAAGUGAAUGUGGAUAAAUUUAACAAUGUAAAUGUGUAUAGAGAAGAGAUAAAUGUACUGUAUGUUCGGGAGCACAUGUAUGAUCUAAUUUAUUUUUACACUAAAAUAUCGAUUUGUCGACGCCAUCUUGACUGAUUUUUAAUCGAUACUAUCGCGGCGCGCGGUGUAGAGUCGAAUGUACGAUGUGUAAUUCGGGACAGUGAUGUGCGCUGCGAAAUGUGUCGCGUUUGUGAGGUUUACUCGAUCAUUGUCACACCAAUCGCUAGAUAGUUUGGACAUAAUAUUUGACUACCCUAAUCUAUUAAAUAUCCAUAAUGUUAGAUAAAAAAUCAUGUCAGAUGCCCUAUUAUUAAGCCGAGUGUGCAUUACGAGACGGGAGAAAUUCUUGUAUGGUGUAUGUUAUAUGCAGAAUACAUGUGUCGAAUUCACAGGCUAUUUGUUAUACAUUUGUCAUUAAAGUUUUCAUUAAUGUAGACAAAGCCUUGUUUUAUGUUGACGGCAAGUGACUGCGCCGGCCGAAUGAAUGAUCGUAUUAUAACAUGUACUUAUAAUUUAAAAGUAAAAUUAAAUUGUUUUGCGAUUCGCUUCUGGUAAGCACAUUGUCUAUGAGCGGCGGAGGGCAGUCACUUGCGAAUAUAAAGCUGGUUACACACACGCGCAAGACUUGCGCAAGUUGAAAAUUGUUUUGUACAAGUUUUAGUAGUACGAAAUGUUAAAACACGUUAGAUGCAUUGCUAAAUAUCACGCCAUUCCAUUUGAUUUUCGUAUCAUAGGAUAUUUUGUAACGUACUGUAAGAAAUUAUUAAUUAUAGAAACCACGUCACCUAAAUGUAACAAACUAAUUCACGGCCUCGUAGAUGCGCAAUAUUUAGGAUAAAUGUAAUUAUUUAAAUCUUGAUCUGACACUGAACAAAUUGUAAAUAUUUGAAAUUAAACAUUCGAAUUUAAUUAUAUUCGUAUAAUGUCCAAUUGGAAUUAUAAAAGUAGUGUUGUAUUUAAGAACGCUUACACUUGGAUUAAAAUAAACUAACCCUCUUAUUUAUAGACGUUAUUUAUCUAAGGACGGAGCAUUGCUGUGAUAACAAGUCUCUUUCUCAGAGCUGACGGCAUUGCAGCCUUCGCAAUGCGUAGACAUAGGGCCGUUAUGAUUAGCUAAUAUUGAGAUACAACUUGAAUCUUAAGGCUGUCAGCUGAACAAACAGCAAGCUGUCAGAUAAACAAAGCUGAGAAACAGACUUUUUAUCACAGCAAUGCUCCGUCCUUACAUAAAUAAUGUCUAAGAAUAAGGGGGUAAGUCAAUAGGACCUAAAUUAAUAUUUGAAUAAACAUAAUUGUACGUAUUUGUUCAGUAUCAGUUUGUGACACGUGUAGAAGAAUCUUGCGCAUUGUGAAGUGUGUGCACCCAGCUUAACAGUAUUCAAUAGUUAGUAAUAGAUGUUUCAGUGAGAAAGUGCGACGUGUGAAUGGAAUGAACUCACAUAAGCGAAUUAUUUGCAAAACGCUGUUUUAACAAAUUGAUAAAUUUUGUAUAAAAAUAUUUAUAACGAUAAUGUAACUGUUGAUAACAAAGUAAUGUAACUGAUGACAUAUUAUAAGGUGCUUAUGAUUAUCGUUACAAUACAAAGUUGUGCAUAUAA